UCCCACAGUGUGCUUGAGAAACGGUACGAACAACUGAAGGGGAGAAGGGAGCACCUAAAUAGCGAAUGUUUUUCUUAUGAUAAGUUUGUUUUGAAGACUAACACAGUCCAGAAUAGUUGACAGAAAGUUUACGGAUUUAUACCCGAAGUUAACAAGAUAAGCACUGGAUUAGAAAGACGCUGGGCGUCAAAUAAAGCCGCACUGCUCGGAGAUGAUGCCAGCAGCAGCCUCGACCUGAGCUAGCUCCCUUUCUGACUGAGGGAAAGGGGCAACGAAGGAGCAGGGAAGUGAUGGGGGAAACUGAUGACGAGCGGAGCUCUCAGGCCAGCCAGCUGUUUGAGAACUUCGUUCAGGCCUCCACGUGUAAAGGCACCCUCCAGGCUUUCGGCUUGCUGUGCAGGCUGCUGGAGCUCGACCCGGCCGAUCACCGAGGCUUUUACAGCAACCUGAAAGCGGCCGUCACCUCUUGGAAGGCCAAAGCCCUAUGGACCAAGCUGGACAAACGAGCCAACCACAAGGAGUACAAGAAAGGCAGAGCAUGCGAAGACGUCAGGUGUCUGAUCAUCGGCGGAGGCCCCUGCGGGUUGCGUACAGCUAUAGAGUUAGCUCUCCUCGGCGCCAAAGUGGUGGUGAUCGAGAAGAGGGACUCGUUCUCCAGGAACAACGUUCUCCAUCUUUGGCCUUACACCAUCCACGACCUCAGGAACCUCGGCGCUAAGAAGUUCUACGGCAAGUUCUGCGCCGGAGCCAUAGACCAUAUCAGUAUUCGUCAGCUGCAGCUGAUCCUGCUGAAGGUGAGUCUCAUCGUCGGGGUGGAGGUGCACCUCAACGUCGAGUUCCUCAAACUCCGGGAGCCGCCUGAAGAGCAGGGAAAUGACGGUCCUGGAUGGAGAGCAGAAAUGCAUCCCGCUAGUCACGCCAUCUCCGACUACGAGUUCGAUGUGUUAAUAGGAGCGGACGGACGGAGAAGCACGCUAGACGGUUUCAGAAGGAAGGAGUUUCGAGGCAAGCUGGCCAUCGCCAUCACGGCCAACUUUGUGAACCGCAACACCACAGCGGAGGCGAAAGUGGAGGAGAUCAGCGGUGUGGCCUUCAUCUUCAACCAGAAGUUCUUCCUGGAGCUUAAGGACGAAACGGGGAUUGAUUUGGAGAAUAUUGUAUACUACAAGGACAACACUCACUACUUUGUCAUGACCGCGAAGAAGCAGAGUUUGCUGGAUAAAGGUGUUAUUAUUCACGAUUACAUUGAGACAGAACGACUCCUGCACAGUGACAACGUCAAUCAGGAGGCUCUGCUCUCCUACGCCCGGGAGGCGGCUGACUUCGGCACCAACUACCAGCUGCCAUCUCUGGACUACGCCAUGAACCACUACGGACAGCCUGACGUAGCCAUGUUCGACUUCACCUGCAUGUAUGCGUCGGAAAACGCUGCACUCAUAAGGGAGAAGAACGGACACCAGCUGCUGGUAGCUCUGGUUGGAGAUAGCCUUCUGGAGCCCUUUUGGCCCAUGGGGACAGGAUGUGCUCGAGGUUUCCUAGCUGCUUUUGACACUGUGUGGAUGGUGCAGGGUUGGACUCAGGGCAAAGCUCCUCUGGAGCUGCUGUCCGAGAGGGAGAGCAUCUACAGGCUGCUGCCUCAAACCACAGCAGAAAACAUCAGUAAGAACUUUGAGCAGUACACCAUCGAUCCUGCAACUCGCUACCCCAACCUCAACUCCACCUGUGUCCGACCGCACCAGGUUCAGCAUCUGUACAUCAACGGCGAGCAGAACUCGUGUUCACUGGAGCGAAGUGGACCUACACGCAGGUCUGUCAGUAUCUCCAGGAAAGAAUCGGAGGUGCGGCCCAGCCGCUUGUUGCUGUGGUGUCAGAAGCAGACGCAGGGCUACAGAGGAGUAAAUGUUACUGACCUCACGACAUCCUGGAGGAGCGGCCUCGCCCUGUGUGCUCUCAUCCACCACCAACGCCCAGACCUCAUCGAUUUUGAUUCUCUGAAUGAGGUGGACAGCGCCAAGAACAACCAGCUCGCGUUUGAGGUGGCCGAGAGAGCGUUCGGCAUCCAGCCGCUCAUCACGGGGAAGGAAAUGGCGGCUGAGCAGGAGCCCGACAAACUCGUCAUGGUGCUCUACCUGUCCAAGUUCUACGAAAUGUUCCGCAACUCCUCCCUACCUGCCUCAGGGGCUCCGAGAGAGACCAACGAGAACAAUGAAGACAUUUCAUCCAAGCCCAAUAACUCUGUUUACAACUUAAUGAACCUUGCGCUGCCCAGGAAACGGAUUCCAAAGGAUGACAAAAGGGUCGAAGACAACGACUUGAACAAGAAGAGAAGAAAAGGCAUCAGCUACCUGGAAGAGCUGUCCAAACAGAGUACUUCGACUGCAGUGGAGGAGGGUGAGCAAAAGGAGAAUAAAGUGCGCUCCAUGGCAACUCAGCUUCAGGCAAAGUUUGAGGAGAACGCACCUAGCUGUGUCCUGCGUCGACAGUCGGAGUCCGAUUCGUGUUGUGAAAAGCCUGUUUCUCUGGACAUGACUGAAAACCCUCGCUUUGCUAAACCCAAGCUCCAGUCCUCACACCCUCCUUCUUCUCCCAAACCAAAGUGGCAGCCGUCCCCUUACUUGAGACUCCUCGAGUCUCAAAUGCAGCCUGGUCACAAACAUGGACACCUGGAAAACCAACACAUGCAAGUUCAGUCAGUUUACCACAACCGGGUUGACCAGUCAGGUUUUCAGACACCAGAAGCCCAGUUCAAUUGUCAAACAACAGAACCCUGGUCUCGCCAUCAAGUCCAGGCUAGUUACCCAACCCCUGACCCUCAAUCCAGUCUUCAAUGCCUUUCGGUCUCAGCUACCCAGCUGUUGACGCUGAAGCAUGUCCUCAAACCCCAAGAGCAACCCUCAAUCACCUCCAAGCCCUCAGAAACCCUCCUGUUCUCCACACCUGCUUUGGGAGGGAUGCUGCAACGACUAAAGAUUCUGGAGGACAAGACCACUCAGAAGAAAGUACAGACUCAAAGCGCACGAGAGUUCAGCAGAAAGAGUAUAAGGGAGAGAGCAGAGCAGCUGAGCUUCCUCUUCUCUGGCACACCGUCUCAGAUGAUUGGGCCAUCUGCAGCUCCUGCUUCUCCUCCUCCUAAACCUAUUUCAUGUCCGUCUCUCCCCAAGCCCUCUGCUCUUUCCUGUCUGCUGUGUCCUGUCCCUGAAGCUCAGCCUCAGCCCAAGCAGUGUAACGGACAUUCUGAGUCCGAGCAGAUGACUCACGAUCACCACGUGCAAAAAAGUCGAUCCGAGAUAAAGCGUGUACAAUGCCUCGAUCCUUCCAAACAGAGGACAGUGGGAAAGGUUUCCUCUGUGAUUGGUGUUAAAGCUGCCACUCUGGCCAUCCUUUACGAAACCGAUCACAGACCCGACAAGCCUUACACCCUCUCACUGACCGAGGCCAGGAGAUGCCAGGAUUCUGGUUCGGUUAACCUGCGGAAGGAGUUUGCUCCCGGGAUGGGCGGCAGUGACACCUGCCACUUCUGUAAGAAGCGUGUGUAUGUUAUGGAGCGACUAAGCGCAGAGGGCUACUUCUUCCACCGAGAGUGUUUCCGCUGUGAUGUCUGCAGCGCCACCCUGAGGCUGGGAGGACACGUGUUUGACCAAGGCACUUUUUACUGCAAGCUGCACUUUUCCCAGCGCAGAUCCAGCCACAGGCUUCGAAAGCCAGAGGUCCACAGAGGCGACGUGUCCGUGCCCGAUGAUGGCGAUGGGUACUCCGCCAGCGGGAGCCUCCACAGCCAGCCUUCAGACACACUAGGAAUAAGUUCAUUGCCCAAGGAAGACCGCAUCCAGAAAGUUCUGCAGGAUACUGAGAAUAUGCCCGAGAGUUCAUCCGAGCCCAUCACCAACAGCAGUUCUGGAGACCUUUCAGCUCAGGAUGUUGCCACAAAGUGUGAGCCGCUCGGUCCAAGCUCUCCACAGGUCAACAUAGUGGAGCGCUCUUACACCAGAGGAGAAAUCACCUUCCGAAGCAAUCGCUGGAAAAGGAAGAUCAGAGCAACUUUGCCUCUGAUUUUUGUUAAGCCGUUUGAGCAAAAACGGGGAGGAGAUGAUGCACUCAUAGAAGAAGACGGAGAUUCGGAUUUUGAGGAGAUACAUGCACCGCAGGAACCUGAAAAUCAUGCUGCAGACUCUCACUGCCCUCUACAAGAGGAGCCAGAGCAAUCCGCUGUAGUUGAUAUUCCCCAUUAUCGCACUCAUGGAAUUUCAUCCAUUCCCAAAUCUAUCACAUGUUCUCCAGCGCAGCAACUCGACACUUCCACAUUUGCAUCAGACCAGCAGAGCGCUUUCAACCGAAAGAAAAAGCUCACUCUGUCCUCGUUCGAGAAGGAGAGGCUGCUGAAUUGGGACCUGACUACUCCUGGAACAUUUUCAUCAAUGCCUAUGACAAGCGAUCAAGCAGAAAGGUAUGGCCGAAGACCCGAAAACUCGACGAAACCUCAGACCAGUCCAGAAUCUCAAUCCGUGCCGAGUCCAGCCCCCGCUGAACCUGAGCACAGCCCUCCUCUCUCAGGCUUCCAGCUGUGGGCCAGCACUCUGAGGAGAUCCUUCUCUGGAGCAGGAAACAACCCCAAAGUGAUCAGAAGAAACCGUCCUGCCAGAGCCAGGCCGCUGUCCGAGGGCUCCUUCAGCUUCCUGUUUGGUGUGUCUGCUCAGAAUCAAGGAGAGGACGUGGUGCAGAACAGAGCAGAUGCAGAAGGAAGCCAAAUCAGAACAGCAAGCAUGAGCGAGAUCACAGCCAUGUUGGAGCAGGUGACACUCUGCAACAAGCCGUCGGGGACUACCAAAGACGACAUGGCCUCCCUGCCACCAAGGAAGCUCAACUUCUUCUCCUCAAUGCGGCUGAAGAGGAACGAGGGAGGAGACCGGAGUAAAAUGGACAACCAGACCAAGGACACCUGGAGCAUUCUGUCCAAAUUCAGAAACAAAGCAUCAUCACAACAGCAACAACAAGCGGAAGAUGACUAUUCAUCCAGUGAGGAAGACCAGAAAUCCAUCACACAAAGGUCUGACUCAGGCCAGUCGGAGAGACAGAGCAAGCAGCAGGAGAAAACACUCAUCAUGCAAACCAAGAGAGAGCAGCUGAAACGACUUCACAGGGCUCAGGUUAUCCAGAGGCAGCUGGAGGAGGUUGAGGAGAAGCAGAGAGCUCUUGAGGAGAAGGGAGUAGUGCUGGAGAAGAUCCUCAGAGGAGAGAGUGAGGACGCAUCAGCAGACGAGGCCGAGCUCCUGCACACGUGGUUUAGACUCGUCCUGGAGAAGAACAAGCUGGCCAGAUACGAAUCGGAGCUCAUGAUCUUUGCAAAGGAGCUGGAGCUGGAGGACAGACAGAGUCGGCUACAGCAGGAUCUCAGACGCAGGAUGGCCACCGAAGACUGUAAGAAGAGCGCUGCGGAGCUGGCGGAGGAACAGGCCCUGCUGGGCGAGGUGAUGAAGGUGGUGGAGGAAAGAGAUCGUCUGGUGAGCCUGCUCGAGGAACAACGGCUGCAGGAGAAAGCCGAGGACCACGACCUCGAGAGCCUCAUCCUCUCCAAGGGCUACCAGUUUCACUGGUCAUGACCCACUCUCUCACACACACACACACACACACACACACACACAGUUGAGUGCUGAUUUAGGAUGAAGAUGAACACAAACUUGACUAAGCAGGGAAACCUUCUAGCGCUUAUGAAAGUUUUGGCUAUAUAUACAUUACCCUUCUGUUUCUUUAUCACUAUACUUAAACCGCUGACUGAUCCUAGAUCUGCGUUCUUGCUCAAAAAUGUGGAGUGAAGAAGUUUCUAACACCGAUACGCAAGUUGUUGUUUUUUUUUUUUUUUUUUUUUACGAGAUUGUACAUGUCCUGCUAUUUCCGACUGAGCACUGACUGAAUGAAACUCGUUUCACAUUAUAUCUUGCAGAAAAGAAAUCUUAUUAAAGUCAGCGAGUUUUCCCCAAACAUCAAAAUAAACACCCUGCUGCCUCACUGCUGCUUCUUUUGAACUAAAAACCGCCCAAGAUGUGCCUCGUAUUAAUCCGUAAACAUCACUAAUGGGUUAUAUUUAUUUACAAUAGGCACUCGUUUCCAGUGAGUGGCAGCCUAAACACUUAACACACUAAAAAAAAAAAAAAAAAACAUGAAA